UUUUAUAUUGGAAUGAAUUUCCAGCUGACGCGUCGUCUAUCUAAACGCCUGACGCGUCAUAAUAAUACUCCCACGUGGUUUCAUGUCUCAAUUCUUACGACCACUGGCGAUUUUCAGCUCAUCAUGGUCUCGUUCAUGCAUAACAAGAACUUCCAAACAGUCUAGGUCACUCGUAAAACCAUUACUAUGGGGUGCUACUGUUUCCAUCUUUGCAGCUGCAUAUGCAGUUCAGAACACAGCCAUCCAUCUCGAUGCCGAGCCAUCUCUGCCCGACUCUGAAUUCGAGAUUGAUCCCGCAACAUCAAUUGCUUUUCCUAAGACCCUUCGUAUACCAUCAAAGUUCUCUUUGCCUCAGUUCUCACUCGUUGGCGUUGGGGUGAGAACCGUGUCAUUCCUCGGCAUAAAGGUGUACUCUGUCGGUUUUUACGCGGACCUGGCCAAUCCAAAUCUGAGUAUUCCCAUGACUGCAACUCCUGACGAGAAAAUUGAGCACAUUGUCCGCAACACCGCUUGCGCCAUCCGAAUAGUACCCACUCGCGGCACAUCUUACUCACAUCUCCGUGAUGGCUUCAUGCGUGCCCUCACUGCGCGUAUGCAGCUCGCACAUACACGUGCUACAAUCACUCCGGCAGAGGAACCUGCAGCCCAGUCUUCUUUGAGGAUAUUGAAAUCGCUUUUCCCAAAUACAUCAAUGUCAAAGGGCAAACCAUUUGACAUAGUACUCCUCGCGCCAUCACGCGGCCCAUCUCAUCCACGUACUCUGGUACUCAAAGAUAUGGGUUCGGUGGAAAAUGAUUGGGUAGCAGAGGAAUUUGUCCUGGCAUAUUUCGAAGGUGACGGAAUUAGCCCUCCAUUGAAGAAAGCUGUCACGGAGCGCAUGCAAACGUUCGGGAAGUAGCAUGUAUGUGAUACUAGUUCAUUAAAGACAUACCUUCGACCAAAUGCAAUGAUGACAACAUUAACGUCACUUGCUAUUAGCCCGAAAAUGCAUCCCGUUUAGCUCAGUUGGUAGAGCGCGUCACUAGUAAUGACGAGGUCAGUCGUUCAAGUCGGCUAAUGGGAAAAUUAGUAAG